GGAAAAGACUAAAGAUUAGAUUGUAGGUAAAGAAAAGUAGAAGCCAUGUUUCGAAGACCUGUGUUACAGCCCUGAAUCGUGUGCAGUUACUUGGGCGAGUGGGUCAGGACCCUGUCAUGAGACAGGUGGAAGGGAAAAACCCAGUCACAAUAUUUUCUCUAGCGACAAAUGAGAUGUGGAAAUCCGGAGACAAUGAAGCAUAUCAGAUGGGUGAUGUCAGUCAAAAGACAACAUGGCACAGAAUUUCAGUAUUCCGACCGGGCCUCAGAGAUGUAGCGUAUCAGUAUGUGAAAAAGGGGUCUCGAAUUUAUGUGGAAGGGAAAGUAGACUAUGGUGAAUACACGGAUAAAAAUAACGUGAGGCGACAAGCAACAACAAUCAUAGCUGAAAAUUACCUCUAUACUGACAGUUUUAGUUCACAAGAAACAUUGAGUAGAGUAUAA